AUAGUUUCUUCAUAAACAAUAUGGCACCUACAGUUGAGGGAAUGGAUGAAAAAAAUCAGAGUAACGUGAUCUUAUUUAACAGUUCUAAACGAGAAGUUUUUUCACUCAGUAAUGGUUUUAAGACAUUAAAUAGAAAGUUAAGGUCAACUUGGAAGCUUGUGGCAAACAAAGAUGAAAUCACAGAUGAAAAACUGUCUCAAGCUAGAGUUUUUGUCAUUGCUGGACCCAGAGAAAAGUUUUCAGCUGCUGAGUUUGAUGCUAUUAAGAAAUAUUUAGAGAAUGGUGGUAGUGUUUUUAUUAUGAUCGGAGAAGGUGGAGAGUCGAAAUAUAACACAAAUAUCAACUUUCUAUUGGAAGAAUUUGGCAUUAUGGUCAAUUCAGAUGCUGUUGUUAGAACUUCAUACUAUAAAUAUUUUCAUCCUAAAGAAGCUUUAAUAGCUAACGGUGUUUUAAAUAGGGCUAUCAGUCAAGCGGCCGGAAAAUCGUUUGCUAUUGGAGCAGAAGAAGAAACAAAUAAUGCUCAGGCUUUAUCUUUUUUAUAUCCGUAUGGUGCAACAGUAAAUGUUAUAAAACCUGCGUUUGCCGUGUUAUCAACUGGUAGUGUUUGUUUCCCGUUAAACCGACCUGUCUGUGCUUUACAUUCUUCAAAGAUGAAUAUAAAAGGAAGAGGUAAAUUAGCUGUUGUAGGAUCUGUUCACAUGUUCCAUGAUCAGUAUAUAGAUAAAGAAGAAAACAGUAAAGUUCUUGAUGUUUUGAUACAAUAUCUAACAACAGAUGACAUAAAAUUAAAUAUUAUAGAUGCUGAAGAUCCAGAAAUUUCCGAUUACAAUCAACUCCCUGACACGGCCAGAUUAUCAGAUGAGCUAAAAACAUGUUUACAAGAAAGUGACGACAUACCACGUGAUAUAACAACACUGUUUGAUCACUCAUUAUUUAAACUAGAUACAAGUAUUGUACCUAAAGCUAUCGAUGCCUAUGAACAGUUACGAUGUAAACAUGAAGGUCUAACGUUGAUAACACCACAGUUUGAGACACCAUUACCACCAUUACAACCUGCGACGUUUCCACCGAACUUCAGAGAAUUGCCCCCACCACCGUUAGAACUGUUUGAUCUCGACGACCAGUUCUCAUCAGAGAAGGCCAGAAUAGCACAGAUAACUAACAAAUGUACUGAUGAUGAUCUAGAAUAUUAUACAAGGGAAUGUGGGGAUAUUCUUGGUGUGAUGCAGAAUCUGCCACCAGAUAAUCGUGAUGCUAAACACGUCCUAGAAUACGUCUUAUCACAAGUUGUGGAAUUCAAAAAAUUAAAUCAGGAUGAUCUUUUAUAAGGGUUUGGUCCUGAUUUUGAAACAAUGCAGUAUAAUAACAGUGUACCAGAAUCUUAUGCUUAAACAAUGAAAUCAUUUCUUCAAUGUAGCAUAGACUGAUUUGGGUGGGGAUAAAAGAAAACAUACCAUUUGGUGUUUCAUUUACUCCUGCUACUUAAUUUGCUGAAUAUGAUAUCAUUAGUAACUGAUGGUGUCAUUAGUAAUUGAUGAUAUCAUUAGUAACUGAUGGUGUUGUCAUUAGUAACUGAUGGUGUUGUCAUUAGUAACUGAUGGUGUUGUCAUUAGUAACGGAUGGUGUUGUCAUUAGUAACUGAUGAUGAUGUCAUUAGUAAUUAGUAACUGAUGGUGAUGUCAUUAGUAACUGAUGAUAAUGUUGUUAGUAACUGAUGGUGAUGUCAUUAGUAACUGAUGAUGAUGACAUUAGUAAUUAGUAACUAAUGGUGAUGUCAUUAGUAACUGAUGAUGAUGUCAUUAGUAACUGAUGAUGAUGUCAUUAGUAACUGAUGAUGAUGUCAUUAGUAACUGACGUUGUUGUCAAUAAUAUUAACUUAUGAUUAAGCCUGGAAAUAAUGAUCUUAGUUUUUGAAGACAAAAUGUACCGAACAUGUAAUAAUGAAAUUAAUAAAAAAAACAUAGAAGAUGACCAACUCCAGAGUGUGACCAGUUUGAAUUUAUGCCAGCCAAUGUCUGUGACAAGUGCCUUAUUUCCAGGCCACUUAUCAUGAUGUGAUACAUGAUUUCAGAGAUAAGUUUCUUUAAAACAAAUAUCACAUGAUUAUAUAGCUGAUUAUGGCAUUUUUUCAUUGUUAGUCGUAGACAAUUGGUGGUGCCAUUAUUAACUGGUGAUGAUGUCAUGAUUAAUUGAUGAUGAUUUCAUGAUUAACUGAUGAUGAUGUCGUGAUUAACUGAUGAUGUCAUUAUUAGCUUAUGAUGAUGUCGUUAUCAACUGAUGAUGUCAUUAACUAUUGAUAUGAUUAGUCCCAGAUGGUAUCACAGAUCAAUGAUGAUGCCAUUUUCAACUGAUGAUGAUGUCUUAAACUAAAUUAAUGAUGAUGCCAUUAUUCAAUGAUAUAUCAUUAUUAACUGAUGAUGAUGACAUUAUGACUAACUAAUGAUAAUGCCAUUAUCCAAUGAUGAUAUCAUUAUUCAAUGAUGAUGAUGUCAUUAUUAACUGACAAUGAUGUCGUAAUUAACUAAUGAUUAUGCCAUAACUGAUGAUAAUUUAUCAAAAUAGGAAAGUGAUUCUGGUUUUUGUUAACCUUGCUGUACAUUUUUGUAUUUUGCAUAAUCAUAUCAAAUAUUCGUUGUUCAAUGAAACAUAAUUGUUUGUUACCGAAGCCGUCCUAUUUAUUGUAGAAUUUAUGAUUACCAUGUAUAUAGAAAAUGUUUUUGUGACACUAACGGUUUAAAAUUUCUCAAAGUCAAACUAGUUAACAGUCUUUAUAAUUCAUUUCGAGACAUGUUUUACAUUUGAUAGAGAUUUUGUGUCAAUCGUCUCUGUAACCCGGGUAUCAUAUCAUCUUGUAUAUUUAGCACUAAUUCCUUUCACAUUCAUUCAAUAUCAAAUCUUUGUUUAAAAAUUCCUAAAAAUCUUUUAAAAUCACCAAAAAUCAUCUAAUUUGUACUUGUUUCCAGUUUAAAGCCGACUGAUUAAUUUUGAUAAUGAGUCUCCAAUUUACAAGUGUUUAAUUUUUCAAUUACUUUUAGAAAAUAAACAACCCAAUUGAUUAUUGAUGUAUAAUGAUUAAUUUUUGAACAGUGGUCAGGAAAUUAAGUACUUGUAAAUUGGACACUCUUUAUCAAAAUUAAUCAGUCACACACUAUUAAAUUUUCAAAUUAAUUGUUAAUUGGGUUGAAUCAAGAAAGGGCUGAUUUGAAUAAAAGGCUGAAAAUAUUGCAGUCUCCAAUCAAACCAGUGGACAGUAUACUAGAUUGUAUCGACACAUUAACACACAAUUGAUUAUUUCUCAACAUUAGCUUUAAUUAUGGAAGUAAACUUUUGAAGUUGUCAAACAUCAAAAUACAGCAACACAUAAAAUGCCAUGAAAUUAAUAAUUAACAAAAAAUAAUUUUAACUCUGAUCAGUUGAGAAAGUUACAUUGUUUGCUACAGGUCACCAGGCAAAAGGAUUUGACUUCUUGCAUCCUUCACCAAACUGAUUCAUUGUUUGAAAAUCGACAGAAAAUGUUUGUCUUUCAUAUAUUUAUGUAUUUGCAAUUUUUUUUUUCUUUGUAUUAAUGUUUGUGAAAAGUGUUAAGAAUUAAAUGGAAUGCUACAUCUUA